CGCCCCUCCUCUCGGCCCCGCCCCUCCCCUCGGAGCGGCUCCGGAAAUGGUCGUGCUGGGCUGCGCUGCCGCCGCCGCGUCGGGCCCCACCGCUCCCCGCACCCAACGAGACUGAAGAUAGCAAGGGGAUCCUUAUGCAGCACUACGUGAAAUGAACAAAACUCCACAGCCCUCAGGAGGAACCCCGUCUGCCCCCCACCCCUCCCCUUCUCCUGGACUUCCACAGCAAUCAGCGUUUCCUCCUGGCCAGCCGGCAUCUGUGGUUUUUAACCCAGCGCAAGCUACCCAAAUGAAUACGCCUUCCCAGCCUCGACAGUUUCCUGCAGGGCCUCGUGCUAUACAUCAGCAGCAUUUCUACCAGAGCAGGGCCCAGCCUCCGACCAGUGCUUCCCGGGUGCAGAGUAACGCGUCGGCUCGGCCUGGCCCGCCCACUCAUGUUUAUCCAGCUACUUCCCAGGUGAUGAUGAUCCCCUCGCAGAUCUCCUAUCCUGCUUCGCAAGGCGCCUACUACAUCUCUGGACAGAGCCGAUCCACAUACGUCGUUCCGACUCAACAGUACCCCGUUCAGCCAGGAGCGCCGAGUUUUUACCCUGGAGCUAGCCCGACAGAGUUUGGCACCUACGCUGGCGCAUAUUAUCCAGCCCAGGGUGUACAGCAGUUCCCUGCUGCUCAAGUCAUGCUGAACCAGCAGCCGCCAAUCCCGCCAAAACGAGAACGCAAGACGAUCCGGAUACGAGAUCCGAAUCAGGGUGGCAAGGAUAUCACGGAGGAAAUAAUGUCUGGCGCCAGAACUUCCUCCACCCCCACUCCUCCACAGGCUGGAAGCGGUCCAGAGCCCCAGGCCAAUGGAGAGACACCCCACGUAGCAGUGAUAGUCCGGCCAGGCAGAUCGUCCCAAGACCGGCUAUCAUCAUCAGUAAACCACGUUUCCUACCGCCAGACUAGCAAAUCCCGGCACCCGUCUCCCCGCCAUACACCCCUCAUCGCUGAGGCUGAUGCCGAGGCCGAGGCCGAGGCUGCGCUGCCGGCCGCUGUGACGCUGGUGCACGCAGAGAGCCCCCUUACUGUGGACACUACAGAGGAGUUGCUGGAGGAGCCUUCAGAUUAUUAUCUCCCGAGCCGUCCAGAUGCGACCACUACAGUGCCGAGGGGUCUGGUACUGCCUGGGAGGACCCGACUUUGUGACCACCAGACCUCCAAGGAGCAGCCAGCUGCUAGCCCCCUUCCCGAGCUUCCUCUCCAGCUGGCGCCAACAGAGAUGCCUGUGGACGACGAAGGAGAAGAAGAAGGAGCAGCCGCUGCCGAGUUAGUGACUCCCCAACCAGAGGCUCCUGAGCUGGAGGAGCUUCCUGUGACUCUGCCGGCCGCUCCCCCGACGCCUCCGCCUUCUCUCGAGGAGGCCCCGGAGGGCCCCUUGGAGGCGAACGGGAUGUUGGAGGAGGAACCGCAGGCAUCCGUGGCCGAGCCCCACUUGUGUCAGCCAGAUUUCGCCGAGGAGUCCCCCAUUGCCCAGCCUGAGGAGCUGCAGAUACCCAACGGGCUAGGGGUCCCGGGGAAGCAGGAAGGCGAGGAGCCCAAGGAGCAGCCCGAGUCGGACAUCAGCCCAGAUGUCCGAGCGCAGGAGGAAAUGAAAAUGGAGAGGAGCGGUGGAGGGUGGCCCACGCCCGGAUCACACACGCCCGAGGAGGAGGAGCCUGGAGCCAGAGGGAGCCCGGAGGCAGAGGAGCCAGCUGAGACUCAAGAGCCGAGCCAGCCAGCAGCCUCGCCCUCAGAGAGCACCGAGAUGACCAUGCAAGUAGCAGUAUCCGUGCCAAAGAAGAAGCGGAAGUUGAAGGACCUGAACAAGAAAGAUAACCUGGGCGACCUGCUAGAUGCGUUCAAAGAGGCCGAUGAAACCAGCUCUGAGGCAGAGAACCAGCCCCCGGUGCCAGCCCCAGAGCCCGAGGAGCCUCCCCCAGCCCGUCCCCAGGAGGAAACCGACGAGACGUGGGAAGAGAAGGAGGACAAGUUGGACCCUGAGAAGGUCAAGCAGGCGGACCAGAAGUACCGCUACAAAGAAGAGCAAUGGAAGCCCCUAAACCCGGAGGAGAAGAAAAGUUACGACCGAGAGUUCCUACUGGGCUUCCAGUACAUCUUUGCGAGCAUGCAGAAACCCGAGGGCUUGCCCCAUAUCAGCGACGUGGUUCUGGAGAAGGUGAACAAAAUGCCCCUGCGCCCCCUGGACACCGUGCGCCUGAGCAACAUGAACUGUGGACCAGACUUCACGCCCUCCUUCGCCAAUCUAGGCCGACCGGCUCAGCCCAACCGCGGCCCGCCGCCAGGGCCAGGGCAGCGCCGUUCCCAGCAGAACUUGCGCAUGAAGGAGCCACGGAAGAUUAUUGCCACCGUGUCCCGGAACGAGGACGUCAAGCUCAACAAGGCUGAGAAGGCUUGGAAGCCCACCAGCAAGCGGGCCACGGAAGCCGAGGAUCCUGAAAACAUAAAAACGCAGGACCUGUUCCGCCGCGUGCGCAGCAUCCUGAACAAGCUGACGCCCCAGAUGUUCCAGCAGUUGAUGAAGCAGGUUACAGAGCUGUCCAUUGACACCGAGGAACGCCUCAAGGGCGUCAUCGACCUCAUCUUCGAGAAGGCCAUCUCCGAGCCAAACUUCUCCGUUGCCUAUGCCAACAUGUGCCGUUGCCUUAUGGGGCUCAAAGUCCCGACUACCGACAAACCGACCGUGAUGGUCAACUUCCGCAAGGUUCUUCUGAACCGGUGCCAGAAAGAGUUUGAGAAGGACAAAGAUGACGACGAGAUUUUUGAAAAGAAGCAGAAGGAGAUGGACGACACAGCUGUGCCAGAAGAGAAGGCUCGCCUGAAGGAGGAGCUGGACGAUGCCCGGGACAAGGCCCGGCGGCGCUCUCUGGGCAACAUCAAGUUCAUCGGGGAGCUCUUCAAGCUGAAGAUGCUGACUGAGGCCAUCAUGCACGACUGUGUGAUGAAGCUGCUCAAGAACCAUGACGAGGAGUCGCUCGAGUGCCUUUGCCGGCUCCUCACCACCAUCGGCAAGGACCUGGACUUCGAAAAGGCUAAGCCCCGAAUGGAUCAGUACUUCCACCAGAUGGAGAAGAUCAUCAAGGAGAAGAAAACGUCCUCACGUAUCCGCUUCAUGCUGCAGGACGUGAUCGACCUCAGGCGGAAUAACUGGGUGCCCAGGAGAGGAGACCUCGGCCCCAAAACGAUAGACCAGAUCCACAAGGAAGCAGAGAUGGAGGAACACCGGGAGCACAUAAAAGUGCAGCAGCUCAUGUCCAAACAGGACAAGAGGAGGGGGCCUCCAGGUCCAUCGUCCUCAGACGGCGGCUGGAACACCGUCCCGAUCAGCAAAGGGAACCGGCCGAUCGACACCAGUAGGAUAACCAAGAUCACAAAGCCCGGUUCCAUCGACUCGAAUAAUCAGCUCUUUGCGCCCGGCGGGCGACUGAGCUGGGGGAAGGGCAGCAGCGGGGGAUCGGGUGCCAAGCCUGCUGAACCAGCCCCCGAUUCCAACCGACCCGCCACAAGUACCUUGAAUCGCUUCUCUGCCUUACAGCAGCCGGCUCCUGGAGAGAGCCAAGACGUUCGGCGGGUGGUGCAAAGAAGCAGCACCAGCUGCGACCGUUCCGAGAAGGGCGGCGAGCGGGGAGACCGCCUGGAGCGCGAGCGGCCGGAGCGAGGCGAUCGCCUGGAACGGCCGGAGAGACUUGACCGGUUGGACCGCAACCGGACCCCCAUCACCAAGCGCAGCUUCAGCAAGGAGAUGGACGACCGGAGUCGGGAGCGCGAGCGGCAGGGGGUCCUUGAAAGCGUGCGGAAGGUGUCCAGCAUGACAGAGGAGCGAGACCGGAGCAGGGAGACGGCGAAACGGGAGCCGGUUGCCCCCGAGGUACCUUCCAAGCCUGCCUUGUCCGAGGAAGAGCUUGAGAAGAAAGCCAAGGCUAUCACUGAGGAAUAUCUUCAUAUCAAUGACAUGAAGGAGGCGCUGCAGUGCGUGCAAGAACUGGGCUGCCCCUCCCAGCUCUACAUCUUCGUCCGGAACGGCAUCGAGUCCACCCUGGAGCGGAGCACCAUCGCCCGGGAGCACAUGGGGCUGCUGCUGUACCAGUUGGUCAAGGGGGGCAGCCUCUCCAAGGAGCAAUACUACAAAGGGCUGCACGAGAUCCUGGAUCCUGGAGUCGAUGUCCCACAUAUAUCCACAGGCUGUCCAUGGGCCUCCUGUGCCAUACUAGUGAGACUCGCCUCUUUUUGCUUUGGCAGGGAGAUCGCCAAGCCCUUGGUACCAAUUGGCAAAGCCACUACUCUGCUGCUGGAGAUUCUGGGCCUCCUUUGCAAGGGGAUGAGCCACAAGAAGGCUGGAUCGCUGUGGAGAGAAGGGGGUCUCAGCUGGAAGGAAUUCCUACCCGAAGACCAGGAUGUCAAUAAGUUCAUCACGGAGCAGAAAGUAGAGUACACGAUGGGCGACAGCUCGGACACGCCCAGCCGGAAGGAGCUGACCUCCGAAGAUCUGUGCAAGCAGCUCGACAAGCUGUUGAAAGAGAGCGCAGAUAACCAAAGAAUAUUCGAUUGGGUCGAGGCAAACUUGAGUGAACAGCAAGUUUCAUCUAACAUGUUCAUCAGGGCCCUGAUGACGUCGGUGUGCCAUUCAGCUGUUGUCUUCGAGAAUCCAUAUCGGAUGGACAGCGCCGUGAUCAAGAUCCGCGCCACAAUGCUGCAGAAAUACGUGAGCGACGAGCACAGAGAGCUGCAGGCCCUCUACGCUCUGCAGGCCCUAGUGGUGAAGCUGGACCAGCCAGCAAACCUGCUCCGCAUGUUCUUCGAUGCCUUGUAUGACGAGGACGUCAUUAAAGAGGAAGCCUUCUACAAGUGGGAGUCGAGCAAAGACCCGGCUGAGCAGCAAGGGAAAGGGGUUGCGUUGAAGUCGGUCACCGCUUUCUACACUUGGCUGCGGGAAGCCGAGGACGAAUCGGACAACAACUGAGCGCCGGCACCAGGGGAGGGCCCAGCUGAGCCUGCCCCGCUGCUCCGCCCCCCCUGUCCCCUGGAGCUUUGGACUCCCUUGGGAGAGGGGCCGCGUGGGGGAAGGGCAAGCAGGCCUGACCGCUGUCGUCCUCCCUCCCUUUUCUCCCAUUUAGGACUUUCUUCUCCUUCCUUUAAAAAAUUUUUUUUGGGGUUUUUUUUUGUUUUGUUUUAAAGGCCUGUAUUGGUUUGUGUCUGACGAUAAUAAAUUGAUGCUGAAGGAGGUAGGUGUUGCUGUGGGCGCUCCGCUCAGCCUCCCCUCCACCCCCGGGCCGACACCCCGGACACCUGGAUGAUUUUAACGAGCGGGGCCCCUCCCCCCCAACUUUUGCAGCUGCAAUGGCCCCGAAACACACGUCUCCGGAAGCGGGCUAGGGGAGGCUGCUGCUUCGCCCCCUCCUCGCCCUUCCCAGUUAUUGCUGAAAUAUAGAGAAGAGAGUAUAUAAAUAUAUAUAUAUAAAAUAUAAAUAUAGACUUAUUAAAUCUUUUGAGGUUUCGGAGGAUGGGACCGUAGCGUCCGCAAACUUCCUCUUUUUUUUCUUCCCGCGCCCCCUAAUAUCGCCCGCACUCUCGGAUCACCGCCUGGAAUCACACAAACCCCUUGAUGGAUUUUUUUUUAAAAGGAAAAAUCAUUUCAAAACAUCUACCUUGUUUGGGAGCUGCUUGAGUGUCACUGGCAGAGGGACGGGUCGGGGGGGGGGGUGAAACACCACCCGGCCUCGCCUGCCCCCCCCAUACAUGCAUCCACCCACCCACACCCACGCUUUUGGGGGCUGGUCAGGCCCGCCCGGGCCCCAACCACUCACUUCUUCCCUUCGCAGGCCACGGUUGCGCAAUCCGCCUCAUCCGUGCCGGACGGUGGAAAGGAACUGCGCUUGUAACUAGAAAACGGGGGGGAAAAGCGAAAAACGAAGAUUCAAUUACCGGUCACAUUAAUUUGUAAAUAUUUUUUUGCCUUUUUUUUUCUUUAUGGAGUAUUUAAUUGAAGAUUUGAAGGCAUCUCUUUUCACCGUAAAAAUGGAAAUAAAAAAAAGAACAUUGCUAAA